AUGCCUCUCUCUUACCAGAGGAUUAGUAUGUUUGAUGUAAUUCUUACUAUUAUGUCUGUCUCUCUCUUUCCAGAGGAUUACAAUGUUUCAUGUAUUAUGUCUCUCUCUUACCAGAGGAUUACCAUGUUUCAUGUAAUUCUUACUAUUAUGUCUCUCUCUUACCAGAGGAUUAGUAUGUUUGAUGUAAUUCUUACUAUUAUGCAUCUCUCUUACCAGAGGAUUAGUAUGUUUGAUGUAAUUCUUACUAUUAUGUCUGUCUCUCUCUUUCCAGAGGAUUACCAUAGUAUUAUGUUUCUGUCUAUUAUGUCUCUCUCUUACCAGAGGAUUACUAUGUUUCAUGUAAUUCUUACUAUUAUGUCUCUCUCUUUUACUAUGUUUGAUGUAAUUCUUACUAUUAUGUCUCUCUCUUACCAGAGGAUUAAGGAUUACAAUGUUUCAUGUAAUUCUUACUAUAUCUCUCUCUUACCAGAGGAUUACCAUGUUUCAUUAAUUCUUACUAUUAUGUCUCUCUCUUACCAGAGGAUUAGUAUGUUUGAUGUAAUUCUUACUAUUAUGCCUCUCUCUUACCAGAGGAUUAGUAUGUUUGAUGUAAUUCUUACUAUUAUGUCUGUCUCUCUCUUUCCAGAGGAUUACAAUGUUUCAUGUAAUUCUUACUAUUAUGUCUCUCUCUUACCAGAGGAUUACUAUGUUUCAUGUAAUUCUUACUAUUAUGUCUCUCUCUUACCAGAGGAUUACUAUAGGAUUAGUAUGUUUGAUGUAAUUCUUACUAUUAUGCCUCUCUCUUUCCAGAGGAUUACAAUGUUUCAUGUAAUUCUUACUAUUAUGUCUCUCUCUUACCAGAGGAUUACUAUGUUUCAUGUAAUUCUUACUAUUAUGUCUCUCUCUUACCAGAGGAUUAGUAUGUUUCAUGUAAUUCUUACUAUUAUGCCUCUCUCUUACCAGAGGAUUAGUAUGUUUGAUGUAAUUCUUAGUAUUAUGUCUGUCACUCUCUCUCUUUCCAGAGGAAACUAG